CCUUGAGCACAACCAGACAAUAUUAGCUUCUAAGGCCUGGGAGAGGACAGAAUCACAGCCUCUGGAUGAUUGGGAGUCGUGUUUCACUGAUGUCCAACAGGAUCUCACUCCUCCUGCACAACUAGAGGAUCUGUCCCUGCAGCCGAUGCUGCCUCAAGCAGUGCAAGAUCGGCCAGCACAGAGCCAGAGAGGAGGGACUGUAUGCAGCUCUGAGAGCCAGCUGUCGUUCGCUCAGAGCUGGGUCUAUUCUCUCCCUGACUCCCUCGUUCUCCACUGGCCUCAUCACUCCAUGGGACUCCAGACCUGGCCGCCAAGCAAACCACUGUCCUCCAUGGCCUGCCUUGAUGUGGAGACCCCGUCCAUCUGCAGGGGUAAAUUCAAAUCAGUCCUCCAGCUCUGUCUGCAGCAGAGGAGAUCUCGGGAGCAGCUUGUGGAGCAAGGCAUCAUGCCACCUCUGAAAACACCUGCUGCUUUUCAUGAGCAGAUUCGCAGCCUGGAGAGAGCCAGAACUGGGAGCUUCUUAAAGCACAAACUCUGCAGCAGACCUCAGCGCUCCGAGCUGGUCCGUAUGCACAUCCUGCAAGAGACGCAAGCUGAACCCUCCCUGCAGGCCACACAGAUGAGACUGAAGAGGGCCAGACUGACUGACGAUCUCAACGAGAAGAUCGCCCAGAGGCCUGGACCCAUGGAGCUGGUGGAGAAGAAAAUCCUGCCCGUUGACUCUGGUGUCAAAGAAGACAUCAGUGGUUCUGAGGCAAACUUAUCUCAGCCAUCAGAUGUUUACAACUUUGAUGAGGACAGCAAUGAAGCCUUAUCACCACACCAGCCGGCUAGCCACAAAUCUCCCUGUUCCACCUCCGCCUCUCCAAGGGAUUCUGGCGGGAAUGAGGCCACUUGUACUUCCUCUAACUCUCCUGUACAGCACUCCCCACCACCAAACUCACAGCCCACAUCAGAUGCAAUCAGCCUUGUCUCCACCAGCGAGCAACAAAGCAAUCAACAAUCAUCUUCACCUCAGCCAAUCACCACUGUUGUCCCCAGUAUCACACCAGGGCCACUUCUGGUGAAGCAAAGCCUGCCCAAGCUACCCAGCGAUAAAAGCCGCAGUAAAAAGAGCAAAGAGCCCAAACCACGGGUGAAAAAGUUAAAGUACCAUCAGUACAUCCCCCCGGACCAAAAGCAGGAGCUCACUGAAGUUCUGAUGGAUUCAGCUUACGUCCGUCUCCUGCACCAGCAGCAGCAGUUCCUGCAGCUUCAGAUCUUAAACCAGCAGCAGCAGCAGCAGCAGUACAGCUACCAGGCCGUCCUGCCUUCCACACACAACAGACCAACAACUGAGGUACAAACCAGCUGUUCCAGUGCUGUUCUGAGUGGAAACGCUGUGUCUACCCCUGUGCAGCAGCGGCACACUCAGAAGAACCGCAAGCCGGAUCAUUUACCGGCUAAUCUGGAUGAGAUGAAGGUUGCUGAGCUGAAAUUGGAACUAAAACUCAGAUCUUUGCCUGUUUCUGGGACUAAGACAGAUCUGAUAGAGAGGCUUAAGUUGUAUCAGGAGAACUCAAACAACCAGACUGCUGCUGUUGAGACAAUAGCAGCUUCACAGUGUGAAAACAGAAAGUUAACCCCGCCUGUGUCGCCUAUCGCCUCCAAGGUGUCCAGUCUGGGCAUAGAGGACAGUAGUAUGGCAGACAGUCCGACCAAGCUUUCAGAUACUUUGUCUCCCUCUCACGCUGCUCCCUGUGUCAACUCCCCACCGAGAGCUCCUCAGGAGGAGUGUCCCACAGAGACAAGGUCCUUUGAGAAGGACUCUGACAAGGACAAACGUCUCCACGAAAAGGAGCGUCAGAUUAAGGAGCUGAUGAGGAAGCUGGAGCAGGAGCAGAGGCUGGUGGAGGAGCUGAAGAUGCAGCUGGAGGUGGAGAAAAGGAGUCAGCAAGGAGAUUCCCCACCUCAGCUCAGCCCUCUUGCUCCCAUCCAAAUCAAAGAGGAAAACAGGACCAUGUCGAACUGCUCAGCUUCUUGUGGUUCUCCUGGUCUGCCAGUGCUGGUCAAACAAGAGGAGGUGGCAGAUCAGAACCACUUAGCUCCUCAAAAUCAGUUCGUCAUCUGCCACCAGACUACUAAGCAGCCAGAAACCUUGCAGCCAGUCCAGACUGGAGCUCAGAUCCUCAUGCCUGCAUCCCGUCCUGCCUCAGCAGUCACUAUCAAGCUCCCAGCCAACAGCAUUAAAUUACACACUACUGUUAGCGGUGCAGCGCCAGGCCUCAUCCAGACCUCUGGACAGGUGCCACAGAAAAUAGAGGCCUCAGCAGCAUUACAGCAGCAAUGCAGCACUCAGACUCUGACAAAGCCUUGGACGAUGGAUAGUACAGCACAAAGCUUACUCAACACAUUCCCAGCGAGUGGCUGCCCUGUGGGAGCCUCCUCUAGCCAAGCUGGUGCUAAAGAUCCUACAAAUAAGCCUCUUUGUACCAAUCAGCCAGCUUUGAUCUUGCCAAACCAUGUGUCAAAGUGUAAAGACCCGCCCCGCUAUGAGGAUGCAGUUAAACAGACACGCAGCCUUCUAACAGCUGUUCAGGGUCCCACUGCAGCUAGCCAGCAGAUGGAUGACUUGUUUGAUGUGUUAAUCGAAAGUGGUGAAAUCUCACCCUUCAUCAGGCAGGAUCCUCCCAGCCUAGACAAGCCUCUCCCUGUGACAGCCAGCGUGACCACCCUUCCCAUCAACACAGUUUUAUCCCGCCCUCCACCCGUGGUCCAAGUGGCCCAGCUGCCUGCAGCACAGCUCAACCCGUCGGCCAGCUUGGCGGCCCUGACCUCUGACCCCCAGCUGGAAACUCUCCUGGACGGCACGCUGGGCGCUCACACCGAGCCACAAACACUGAAGCUGAUGGAGGAGCUGCACUCGCCCGUGGUUAGCAUGGAUGUGGACUUUAAUGAAAACACAUCGCCGUCUGCUUUGAACUUGCACAGCUCUAACAUGGACAACAUGGAUUGGCUGGACCUUACCCUGUCUGUGCCAGCAGAGGGGGUCAACCCUUUGGACAUGUCAGCGCCAGUGGGCGUCUUCUCCUCUGACUUCCUGGACUCAAAUGAACUGCACUUGAACUGGGACUGACUGCUGUCACGGAGAAUUUGUACACCCGUCAGACAGUUUCAGAUAAACUUACUUUUUUAUACAAGGGAGGAUGAAUUUUGUUUCCUAUGUGGAAAAAUAAGGGCUUUUAGGCUGGGGCAACUCUAUUUUGCUUUCUGGGCGUAUAAAUCAGCUCAGUAAUAAUCUAAUUGUGCUGCUUUAGUUUAGACGUCCCAGCAUUGCUCUCUUUGAGGUCUUUAAACACUCUGAUUGUACGGGGAGACUGACAUAAAGCAGAACUGGUACUGGCAGACUAAGCUGACAGUGCAAGUAGCUUUUAAGUUAUGCCACAGAUUUGUUAUCAAUCUGUUCUCAUGUCAUUUAUUUCUCUUGGUCCUCAUAAGCAUAAUGAAUGUACAGUGUUAUAUUGGCAGUGGAAGGAGCAGGAAAAUGGUUCAAGACCUAAUAGACAAACACUGCGUGAAGCUGGGGGCUGUUAGUUCACUCCACCCUAUCUUGGAAUGAUUAUCACUAUCAAAACAGAUUGUAAACACACAACUACCAAAUGUUUUCUGUGUAAAUGUUAAUUGUGAAACAUAAAUCAGAUGUUUAACUGAAGUGAGAGUGAAAAUAUGAUAAUGAUAUAAUAUGAGACCACUGAGUUACCAUAGUGUCAAACCAGCCUGACCAACCAAGUAUUUACAACCCAGAUACCAAAGAAGUUGGGACGCUGCACAAACAAAAACAGAAAGCAUCAGAUUCACAAUUCGCAGUGUAUAUUUUAAAAAACAACAGUUUGAACAUGAGACAUAUUGUCUUUGCACAGCUUUCAAUUGAAUAUACAUCAAGAAGAAUUAGCAAAUGUUUUAAUUUUGUUUUAUUUAUGUUUUGGACAACGUCCCAAUUUUUUUGGAAUUGGGGUUGUACUACAAAAUUCUUCUGACAAGAUUUAUAACAGCGUGCAAAUCCACCAAAUCUCUACUCCUGCAUUUCCACUGAGUAAAACAUACUGCACAUGCUUUUGGAAAACCAAUAAUCCUAUGAGUUUAAAAAGUUGAACAGAGCAGGUAAAAGCCAGUCAUCUGCUCCGUCAAGGCUGUUUCCAAAAAAAUAAUGAUGAAUUGUUCUUGGAACAUCAUUCAAUUAAUCUUAAAGGGUUUAACACUCUUUAAUAAUGGUCAGCUUGGCGCUGCAUGCCAUAUCAGAUUCUGUGUGCAGCAUUACAAUGUGACAUACAUGCACAUCCUACUGAAAAAUAUAAAUCUGCACCGCUGCUCAUUUGUGUUAUUCUCUCACUUCACACUGAAAGAUAGCAUUACAAUUUAUUUGUUUUGUAGUGACAUCUGCUGGCCACAGCCAAAUACAACAAUCUUGAGCAAGCAAGUCUGUGGUCUGACAAAAGAUAAAUUAUGAAGAAAAUAAAAUUUAAUGUCAAAGAAACCACUGAAAAGAACACAAUGCACCACAGCAGGAGAGUUUCUGGGCAGCAGGGUGGGUGUGAUUGUGCAAAAAGGUCACUGAAAAGUCCGGAGCAUUGCUGUUAAACUCAUCUGAAUGCUGAGAGAAUCGUUGUAAAAGAAUUUGUGAGACUGGUAGUUUUCAAUGUUUUUCUGUCACCACAUUAGCACCCCAUUCCACAUUCAAAAUGUCACCCUUUAAAGGGAUUAUGUGCUGGAAAGAAUAUUUAGUUUUUACUGGUAUUAUGCCACACAAAGAAACAUUGUAAUGCUUUUAUGGUGUUUGCUUCUAAAGCAACUACCUGCCUCCUCAACCUUGACCAGUUAAACUUUUUAAAGAUCUCUGGGACAUACAAUGCUGUGUAUUGUUAAUUUAUGACUGGCACUGGCCCCACCAGCUUUAAGACUGCUGUGGUGAAACUUCUAUUGAAGUAACCACAACUUGUGUGCAGCACCAGGACUUUUUCACUGCAGUAGAUUAGUAGUUUCUAUAUGAUUGUGCAGAGAUGCUUAUCAGUUUUCAAAAUAAAUAUUUAAAUACAGCCUGGGCUACAAUGCAAGAGUAUGAGUUGCUGUAGCACAAGCAGCCGUUGCAAAAGGGUGGAAUGUAACUUUAGUACAUGUACACAAUUACUGUACUUAAGUACAUAAUAUGAGGUACUUAUAUUAACCUCAUGUCACUUUCUUCUACUAUUUAACUACAUUUCAGAUGAAACUUUUUUAUUUCACUAUCACAGCGUUAGUUACUUCACAAAUUAAGAUUUUUUUUUUUUUAAAACAUUUGAAAAUAUAUGUAAUAUAGGUUCAGCUGGAGGUAUUCAUCAAGUAACACAAAAUGUAAUCUUAUCAUUAAAAUUAUUUUAAUUAUAUAUGUAUUUUAACAUAUAUACAUUUUUUGGUUUUCAUCAUAAAAUGGUUGUUUUGUAGUUGCUUGGACAUAUCUUAAGUUACUGCUAGAAUUUUAACUAAAAAAAAAAAAGAUUUUUACCGGAUUACAACUAGUUCCUUUGGUCUUCAUUGGCUUACACCCAUAUCAAAUCAAACUUUUAUGUGUUUCUGAUGGCUUUCUAAAUGGACAAGCAGCUGUCAGAUUUCUUUGUAUUCCAGGGCUCACGGCUCUCCACUGUCAGACCUCAGAGGUGAAACGAGGUAAGCAGUCCACAGGAGCUUUUCCUAUCGUGCCCCCCUGCUGACAUCAGACGGUCUGACACUGCCGAGGCCUCUGAUCCAAACAUCAUUUUACCUUUGAUGACCUGUAACCAUUAUCCUUCUGUUAGCCUCCAUCUCAAUUAAUAUAUUAAGCCUAAUAAUAAAGUUCAGCUGGUCCUGCUGAUUAGGAUACAAAAACUUUAUGAAACUAGGGAUGCACUGAUACUGGAUUAGAUACUCAGUCUGGAUUGUGUAUUGUGAGAAUUGGGCCAAUAUUGUCAGUUCUU